AUGACUAAACCGAAGGAAAUCCAGCCCUGCAGCAACAACGAACGAAGAAGAUCGAUAGCCCUUCUAACAAGGUCGCCUUUGCUACUGCCGUCACCUCAUGGAAGCAGCAGCACCAGCAUAUACCAAAAUAUAAACCUGACCAAGGAGAACUCGCCACGUGGGUCCCAGAACAAUUCCUAUGUUGCCAACUCGCAGUUUUUACGAGGCACGCCGCCCUUGAUGCCACCGCCUCCUCCUCCAGCAGGUGCCACUGCUCAUACUUCUUUGCUACCGCCUCGAGACCAAUUCAACUCAUCCUCGGGGUUGAAUAAGCUCGUUGAGGAUGAGAAUUUGGCAGCGACUGAAACAUCGCCAUCUCCGCCGCUUCAGCUUGUCGAACGAGCCGAUUUGAACAAUGGACUAGAUGAUCCGCGGGUCAUUGAACGGGUCUCCAAGCACUUGCCUUCGGAUUUCGAAAGUUUGGACCAGGAAGGUGCCGACAUCACGAGGGACUUGUACAAGAUCCAGCAUGAUGUCACUGAAAAACUGAAGUUGAGAAGAAACAAGAGUUUUGAUAGUAUAGCUGAAAGUGUUGCCCUGGGGAAACUGAGGGCUAGUUCAUUUAAUGUCCCUGGUGGGUUCCGCAGAGAAUAUUUGAUUCAUCAGCAUGAAUCUCAACAGCAACAACAACAGCAACAACAACAACAACAGCAACAACAACAACAACAGCAACAACAACAACAACAACAACAACAACAGCAACUGAAGCAACAUAACCUGAGUUUGGUAGGUGUAGACGAAUAUUUCAAUGGGAAAUUGGCAGAUGAGGAUUCGUAUCGAUCCAACAACUCAAAUCCAACAUCGCAUCCCGUGCCAAACUUCUUGACCAAGAACUUUAUCGAGUUUUUAAGCAUUUACGGCCAUUUCGCAGGUGAAGAUCUAGAGGAUGAUGACAACAUUUUCAACCACUAUAAGCAUUUGUUGCCAAUCGAGUCCGACGAAGAAACACCUUUAUUUGCAAACGAGCGAAACUACAACCCCAAGGGCACCGCUACUGACCGCAAGGCCUAUUUCCUCUUGUUGAAAGCAUUUGUCGGAACAGGAGUCUUGUUCUUGCCCAAGGCGUUCGCCAAUGGUGGACUAAUUUUUUCUAUCGGCACAUUAUUAUUCUUUGCUGUGUUGUCCUGGUGGUGCUACUUGAUCUUGGUUUAUGCCAAAUUAAGCGUCAAGGUCUCGGGUUUUGCCGAAAUUGGCUUGAAAUUGUAUGGCCCGUGGCUCCAGAAGUUGAUUUUGUUUUCCAUCGUGAUAUCCCAGAUUGGGUUUGUUGCUGCAUACAUUGUAUUUACCUCGGAAAACCUCCGUGCUUUCUUGAUUAAUAUUUUGCCCAAUACGUGGCAAGAUCCUUCAGACGUGAGCAUGUGCUGGUUUAUUGCCUUUCAAGUCUUGCUAAUUAUUCCCAUGAGUCUAGUCCGUGAUAUAACCAAGUUGAGCAUUGUUGCUGUAUUGGCAAAUUUUUUCAUCCUCACGGGGCUAGUCACGAUUCUUUAUUUCAUCUUUUACGAGUGGCUCGUGUUGAACCACGGCAAUUUUGGUCAAAAUGUCAAAGUAUGGUUUAACCAAUCUCAAUUUUCAUUGUUUAUUGGAAUCGCCAUCUUUGCAUUUGAAGGGAUCGGAUUGAUCAUCCCGAUCCAGGAGUCCAUGAUCCACCCUUUGAAUUUCCCCAAAGUGUUGGCCCAAGUGAUCAGCACCAUAGCUGUAAUUUUCAUCGUUAUCGGCACGUUAGGAUACUCGACAUUUGGCGAUAAGAUCAAAACGGUGAUAUUGUUGAAUCUCCCGCAGGACUCGCCCAUGGUCAUCAUAACGCAAUUGCUCUACUCGCUAGCAAUUUUGUUGUCUACACCGCUUCAAUUGUUUCCCGCAAUAAGAUUGAUUGAAUCAAAACUAUUCCACAUUCGAAGCGGUAAACUUUCACUUGGUGUCAAGUGGCUCAAGAAUUUAUUUAGAGCUGCAUUCGUCAUAUUCACUGCAUACAUUGCAUACAUUGGGGGCCAGAAUCUAGACAAGUUUGUUUCCUUUGUGGGUUGCUUUGCUUGUAUUCCAUUAGUUUACAUGUACCCUCCCAUGCUCCAUUACCGAAGCUGUUGCAAAAUCACCUACGGAAUGUCCGAAGAGGAAAAGAGGCAAAGAAUAUGGUUGGGAAGGUUGGAUUUUCUUUUGGUCCUAAUUGGAGGAGUCGCCAUGGUCUACACCACUUAUCAAAUCGUAGCUACUUGA